UUCUCCUACUAUCAGCGGUUCCCUCAUUCAGGCCUUCUGUCCUUUAUUGACUUCAUAAUCAAUCUAUACUUUUCCUUCUUACCGUCUGACUAUUUCGGUCGUUAUCAUCAACCAAAAUGUCUCAAUUCAAGAUCCCAGUCGACCUCAUCACCUCUCGCUUCGGCGACCGCUUCCAGAGCAUGCGCAAUACAUCGAUCAGCUCGCGCUUUGCCAACCUCAAACCUAUUUCCGAGUUCCUCGACAUUAAGCGUAUCUCCAAGCCAGCAGACUUUAGUGAAGUGCAGAGCCGCGUCAACUACAAUCUCUCCUACUUCUCCAGCAACUAUUUUGUCGUCUUCCUCAUGCUGAGCAUCUACGGUUUACUUACCAACCCCGUUCUUUUGUUCGUGAUUAUCUUGGUCGCUGGUGGAAUGUACGGUAUUGGCAAACUAGACGGCCGCGAUCUUGACGUCGGAUUCUUUCGCGCAAGUACCUCUCAGCUGUACACCACUUUGCUUAUCAUUGCUGUUCCUCUCGGUCUCUGGGCAUCGCCUAUUGCGUUCGCCCUUUGGUUGAUUGGUGCUACUGGCGUGACCACUCUCGAAUGCUUUUUCCGAGGAGGCGGUCUAGGUGGUCGGCCGCGAACUCCUUACGAUAUGCCCCGAUGGGGAAGACCACCAGGGGUAUGGCAGGGGAAUCAGACGCGAAGGAGAGCUACACAGUGGGAGGAUUUCAAUGGUGUACGUUUCGAGGAGAUUUACAGUGACGUGGAUGAUGGUUAUAAUGAAUUGAAGUUUGGGGAUGGAUCGUGGCGGCGCAUCGAGAAGGGAGGCAAGGCAAGCACGCGCGAGUUACGGCUGGGGAGUAAUGGGUAUGACUACGAGAGUGAGGUAUCGGACGGCGCUGAAUAUGAUUUGGAUGACGACGCGGACAGUACUGUGGCGUAUGCAGUACAACUCGCGAUGCGGGAUAAGGAAGAGAUGCUGGUCGAAAAGGCUUUGGAGAGGAUAAGGCGUGCUCAAAUGCUUGGGAAAAAGAACGUUCGGCUUUCUCAAGAAGAGUUAGAUGCAUUGGAACGAAGACGAAAGGGAACGACAAACAGGAAAUCGACAGCCACAGUCGCUGUUAGUUCCACUGGCCGUGUACCUUCAGUCAACGAUAGGCGACCGAAGAGCAGAGAUUCCGUUUAUUCGGUUUCAAAGGGUUCACCCAGGACAAGUGGUGCAUCUGAACGGCGACGAAGCUCACAAAGCCAAUAUUCACCAAUUGAGUUCUCUGGGGUAUCUCUACGUUCUAGUGGCAUCCAUGCAUCCUUGAACAAUAGUCCGACAAGCUCGUCAUCUCGGCCAAGGACCCCAACUAUGCAAUCUUUACGCCCGCAGCCUUCUGGCAACUCGCCCAUGAUGCAUCAAGCUACUUAUAUGCAGCGAUACCCGUCAGAGCGCGGACCUACUUCCUCUCGUGCCCUACCUGAUGAUCCGCAAUGGGCGCCUCGACAACGCUCUCAGUCUAAUGUAUUGCCGUAUCCGUAUGACCAUCCCGCUUAUGUACAACAGCCGUACGGUGCUAUCCCUAUUGACCCGCGAUACGCCAACUUGCCGAACCGUCGACCGGUUACUUCAGACCCUUCAUUUUCGAAUGCUAACUAUGCAUCUACAAGUCAAAACAUUCCUCGUCGAGAACCAGCUAAUCCUACUGGUCGUCGUAUUCCCGAUGAAGUUUCCGAAGACGAACCCAGUGAGGAUGAGGACAGUGAAGAAGAAGAUGACGACGACGAUGAUGAUGAUGACGACAAAGAUGAGGGAGUCAAAGUUACACAGCCACCCGCUGUUCGUGCAUACGGAGGGCGAACAGCAGUGGCUGGCGGCGGUUCGAGAGGAAACCGCGAAACUCGUCGCCGGCGUGGUCGGUAA